UAGAAGUUCCUGCGCAACAUCAGAACCUCCCAAGGCUGCGGAAGAUUGGCAUACCUUGUUCUGCGAAUGGUGGAGCGUGAGGGUGGUGAACAAUUGUUGAAUGUGCAUGAGGUGCGUGAGUUUGAUGACGAUCCGUGUUGCAUUGUGUGGCCUGCUGCCCGAGUUUUGCUGCUUUGGUUGCAGACCAAUUUGGAAGCGCAAUUGGGUGCAACAUUGCGGGGCGCCAAAAUCAUCGAACUUGGAGCUGGCACAGGAUUUUUGGCCUUGUCACUGGCAAACGCAGGGGCUCAAAACAUUUUAGCCGUGGAAGGAGCGGAACACGGAUUCAUGAACCUAGAACACAACAUAUCCACAAGCCGCACCACAGCUGUGACGCCUCUACAGUGGGAUUGGGAGAAGCAACCGGACAUUCCUUCUGAAGUUCCUCCUGUACUGGAUUUGGUCUUGGGUUCUGACAUUGUUUACCCUAGACAUUACAAUGGUGAUGCUUUGUGUGGAACUGUGUUUCGGCUGUUAACACGUGGUUUAGAAGUGGAACCGCUGGUUUUGCUCUCGCUAUGUGACCGUGCAAUCAUUUCUGAUUCCAGCACGGCCUCGAGCAGUUUGCGAGUUUUUUUGAAGCAUGCGAGAAGUGGUCGCUCAAGGUGUCCGAACUUCCGGUCAGCGAGGAAGUCUUUCUGGCAGCUCUGGGAACCAGUGCGGGUGGCAAACAUGAAGAUCCAGAAUCAAGUAUGAAGUUGGCUGACAAGAGUGCAG